GUCCCAAGUUCAAACAAUCUGUACGUGAACAGCAAGUGAAAAUUCUAGAAUGUUUACGGUUACAAUCUUCGUUUGUGCCUUCCUGGCCAGUUCGUCCAUUGCCCAAUCGCCCGGCGAAGUGAAAUGUUUAACCUGUUACGACAAGCUAGAUUGUGUAAGCGAUCCAAUAAGGGUUCUAACUUGCGAUGAGGAGCAAGUGGCAAAAAAUCAUAGACUGAUAGGCUUUACCAAUUCGAACUCGGACGGUGCCGAUCCGAAAGGUCCCUACAUUUGCUACGAUUAUGAAACGAUGGACCAGGUAGAUCCUGAAAAUGACGUCAAGUAUUUAGCCGGAAAGGGAUGCACCACCGUUGCGGUGGCAGCCAAUUUCUGCCAAGGCUGGAUUCCCCAGCUCGAUGUUGUGCGCUGUAGAACCUGUCUGACCGCAGACGGAUGUUCCAGUUUGGAUGCUUCGACGACAACGGCUUCGACGGCUGAACCCUCUUCGAGCACCGGUAAAACUACUCCAGCAGGAGGAACUACCGCUAACACCGGAAGCUCAUCAAAUCGGAACGGGCCUUGGGUGGUUCCACUUUUGCUGUCCAGCGUUUUAUUGAUUUUUCUCAAAGAGAGUCGAUAACCCACUGAGGAUGCUAGCAAGCAGCUAGUGAAAUACUAGUAUUUGGGUCUUUUAAAUACCUUGGCUGAAUUCGAAUGAAUCAUCGACCACUUUGAAAUCACUCA